AUGGCUGAACGGCUCGUAGAGUUUGCCGACAAGUCAGCCGACGCUGCCUCGACAGGCACAGCUUCGUACCAACUCCUCGCGCUCCCUCCCGCCCUCCUCAAGCAACUCUCCUCGACCUCACCCGACAACCUCCUCGCACCGCUCGAGAUCCGCGGCGACCCGUCCGACUCGGCUGUACUCGUCACUGCCACGCAGACGUACUCGAUUCGCGGCGUGCAGAACUCGAAUUCGUUGUGCAUUUGCGCCAGCGGGCGUGGGGAGGGCAAAGGGCGGAGGAAGUGGUUCGUGGGCGGGGAUGGCGCGCUGGACGGGACGAUGGAGGUCGGGGAGGACAACGCGAACGGCGAGCCGGCGCGCAAGAAGGCCAGGACGGACGCUAUCGAGAUCGAGGCGGUCUUGCACGAGACGCUCGAGGUUGUCCCGACAGUCGCGAGGGUGGAAAAGCUCGAUGGCUUGCUCAAGGGUGCAGAGUUCUCGGGCGACUCGGCGGAGGAGGAGAAAGCGCAUGCGUCGCACCCGACGUUCGACUCUCUCCGCUCUCACAUCCCCGCUUCCGACGCCGAGAUUCGCGGCGCGCUUUCCCGCAAGCGAGUGGUCACGCUCGACGGUUGCCUCCGGCCCCUCCCGCCGUCGUUCCUCGCCCAAAUCCUCCCGUCCAUUCUCUCGUCUCUUCCGCUUCCGCCUGCACUUGCACACUCGAACGGCGCGACGAAGAAGAAAGACAAGGGCAAGGCGAAGGAUGUCAAGCCCUUUGUUGACGGCGCAGUCUGGACCGAAGCGGAAGAGCAGGAUUUGCUCGACUCGAUGGACGCGGUCGAUUGCGGGAACGACGAGGUUGCGAGGCAGGUUCUCGCGUGGUAUGGCGAUGAGGUCGAGGGCGGACGGAAGAGGUGGAAGUUGGAUGCGGCGAAACUGGUCAAGGAGCUUGGGGUGGUCUUGCUGGCGGAAGGAGGCUUCGGGCAACAACCGCUCGACCCGUUCGUCGCGAAGUGGAAAGACCUGGCCGGAGGAUUCGCGCCUCUCUGCGAGCUGUCGCUGCUGGCAGGCAUCCACCUCCACCGCCCUCCCCCCAUCUCAACAAUCCAAUACCUCCCACCCUCCUCCCUCUCCCCCGACCCCGCCGCACGUUUCGCCGAGCUCUUCUCCCUCAGACCGCGUUGGCUCGAGUCCGAGAUGGGACUCUUUAUUGACGACCUCACGGGCGGGGACAAGAAGAAGCGUGAUGCGCUCGUGCUGAAGUUUGUCAGGAAGGUGAGGGAGAAGGAGACGGUUUGGUGGACCGCGCGGAAUCUGUGGACAUAG